ACGAAGUGUGCGUCGCGGCUGGUACCCAGAGGGCGCUCCUUCUCUUGCGUGUGUACAUAAAGCGCAUCGUAAGUCGCGUUCAUUGAGGCUGCCAGAGAGCAAGCCUUGUGGCCUUAUUUUUCUGCUACGCCUCUUCUCUGGCGUUCAUCUUUGGUGGCAUUUUCAUCGAGAACAUUCUUGGCACGUGGUGCACUAUACGGAGCCGUCCAGCAAUAUACCACCAUGAACUUCUUACCCAUACUGAUGGCAUUGUAUGGAUUCAAGUCUCCGGAUGGAGACGACGCGGAAGUGAUGGGCCGCAGCAGCCUGCGGCAGGCGGCGCCGCACCACUACGAGCUGCGAUCGAACGUCGUGCUGGAUGACCCGGCGUACAUGUACGGCGAGCUUAGCAAAGAAGACUUCGGCGACAUCGCGCUCUCGGUGAAGCGUACCGAGGAGACACCCUACUUCGCGUACUCCGAAGCGGCGAAGCAACUGACCUUUCCGGACCUGCCCGGACACUUCGACAUCUCCGGAAACCUCAAGUACUUCGUGCCCCAGAGCCCGGACAAGGUGAAGCCCCGGUUCCUGCUGCAUUCCAACAAGGCCUCGCAUCCCGGCAAGCUCCUCUUCGAGACGGGCUUGGAUUUGGGGGGUUUCGACACGAUGGCAUCGCUGGUCGAUCCCGGCCAGAAGCUUUACAUCAUCGUGCACGGCUUCCUGAGCAGCGCCAAGACGAAUUGGAUGCAGGACAUGAAGGACCAGAUACUGGACAAGGAAAACGCGUCCGUCGUUCUCGUUGACUGGAGCAAGGGCUGCGGCUCGGUUCUGGGCUACAGCACGGCGGCGGCCAACACGCGCAUCGUGGCCCGUUCGCUGGCGCUGCUGGUCAAGACGCUGGUGGACGCCGGUGCGGUGAAGCCGGAGCACGUGCACUACAUCGGCCACAGCCUGGGCGCCCAGACGGGAAGCUUCUUCGGCAAGGACGUCAAGCAGCUCACGGGACGGCUCGUCGGACGCAUCACCGGUCUGGACCCCGCGGGACCGCUGUUCGAGUCUUACGGCGUCCAUCUGACAAAAGACGACGCUGCCUUUGUGGAUGUGCUACACACGAGCAUCGGCCGCGGGUGGACGGACGUGGUCCAGGGCCGGCUGGGAAUGAGCACCAGUUGCGGGCACGUGGACUUCUAUCCGAACGGCGGCAGAGAGCAACCGGGCUGCUGGAGAUUCAGCUCCUGCUCGCACUCGAAGGCCACCGAGUUCUACGCCGAGUCGGUGCGCGAGUGCGACUUCCCGACGCGCUCGUGCAAGAGCUACGCCGACUUCGUGGCCGGGAAGUGCGCGCCCAGCUGCGAGGACGGCCGCACUUGCGGACACAUGGGCCACCCGGCCAGAGUGCCGCUGACCGGCGACCACUUCACGAAGACCACGAAGCAGCAGUGCCCGCCCAGGGUCAUCGGCUACAACCUGCGGGCGCAGACCGCGACUCGGAUGUUGGACCCGGACGCGAUGCUGGUGAACUCGCUGGGACGCUCGGCGAAGAUCCUGCUCGAAGAGGCCACGCCCGAAGAACGUCGGGAACUGCUGGACGCGCUCAGAGAGGAAAUGGCUGUGCGCACGGGUCAGCGGUCCCCUUAUGAUGGACAACAAUGGGACUGACCACUAGAUCGACCGCUAGAUCUGCUCUUAAUUUUGUCUUUCUCUCUCUUUACACACACACACACACACACACACACACACACACACGCACACGCACACACACACACACACACACACACACACACACACACACACACACACACACACACACACACACACACACACACACGCACACACACACGCACACACACACGCACACGCACGCACGCACGCACACACACACGCACGCGCACACGUACACCGUAGAACUGUUGUACUGUUGUAGUACUGUUGUAAAAACUUUACCGCGCGUUUGUACUUUAUUAAGUGCGGAAGUUGGGAAAUUCGAUACUAAAGUUCGCAUCGAAACGCCGAACCUGACGUAAUCGAUAUUAUUAUCGUCACACCACGACCGAGCAGAAUUUGCUGUCGCUUUGUAGCAAUAAUGUUAAAUACGCGGCCUUUUACUUUCUACGGAAUUUUCUCACGAUAAGCUAAAGCUCUGCCCUUCGUGUAUAGUUCAACAGACUAGGCAUAAACUUCUAACCAUGUAUGCAUUUUCUGGAUUUAUAGAAACAGUACCGUUUCCGUCGACUCACUCGACGACACGGGUUAAAACGGCGGGGCGCAUGGGGAAUAAUUGUUUCCGUUCAUCCACCCGUUGCUCUCUUUCUGACCAGGGACUACACACUUGUCGUGCGUUAAGUGUUCGGUGAGUGACAGUGCGGGAAGCUAGUGGUGUACAUAAGGACAACUUAAUAUCGAGAACGAAUGGACGAGCGCAGGGAGGCCACGACGGCGACGACGGAAAAGAAGAAUGAAAAGAAGGAAAAGAAGAAGAACAGAGACACUGGAAGAUGCUUGUUGCAAACGAGCUCAUAGGUUCGUGACAACAGUCUAGCGAUGGAAAGGUGGAGACAAUCAACGCUGGAGAUUGUUGAGCGCCUACCAGUUCCCCUCCCACUCACUCUGCUUCGGAGAAUUAGACGAUAGGAGAUUCAGAAAUGGAAGACGCAGAACAUAACAUUCUGGCUUUAAAAAAAAAACAGCUAUUUCGACUAUCAGUGAGGAUUCUUCCUUAUUUCUCCACUCGGAAUCUAAGAAAUGCCAGUCUUAGUUUACUUUCGAGGAAAUUGUAUUGAAGACGCCUCUUUCGACUGCAGCUUCUUCUUCAUCAUAGGAUCGUUGUAGGUACUUAAGUGGAAAUGCCGCUCAAUAUUAUCAGCUUCUGUAGAUAUGGUUUCUCUUACUAACCAACUUUUAAUACAUGUAUGCAGAAAACUGGUUGACAAUGGAGAAACAUUUCCCAUAAAAAUUUUAUGGAUCUUUCUGGCUAUACCGCGCCCGACAAGAAGGGGUGGACUAGUAAUAUUUAUUUCUCCUUAAAUGUAUCAUAAAGCUAAAGUUAUAUUUGUACUGAUCAAUCCCGAGUACAAAAUUCUGGCUGUAGAACUCAUUCUUUCUGGAUGUUGCCCACUUUAUAUCGUAAAUACUUAUUUCCCUUCCGGUGUGCAGUACACUAGCUCGCUUGACAGUGUUCUAGAUAGCUGUGGGCGUGAUCUUUUAUUUUAAAUUCGCACCAUGUUUCACGGGGUUUAAAGAUAGAUUCAUUCGGUAACUGCUUGCAGAAUUAGUCAUUAGACGAUAACCUUUCUUGUGAAAAUUUAGGGUCAACUACAGUUGUGCGUCCCCUUUCUUAUGGACAUAAUCCUAAUCCAUAAGAAAGGGGACGCCAAAGACGCAAAAUUAUAGACCGAUCAGCUUACUGUCCAUUGCCUACAACGUAUUCACUAAGGUAAUCGCAAAUAGAAUCAGUAACCCCUUAGACUUCUGUCAAUCAAAGGACCAUUCAGGAUUCCGUAAAGGCUACUCAACAAUAGAACAUAUUCACACUGUCAAUCAGGUGGUAGAGAAAUGUGCAGUGAUAGAGGUGAUAGAGAAAUGUGUGUGAUAGAGAAACUCGCCAGCCUUCGUUUGUUGCGUCGAACGUGAAGUAGAGUGGGCUGGUAGGUGGGCCAAUCCUGACAUCAGUGCACGUUAUGAACAAGCUUUCGGGGAAACUCAGAUUUCCGUAUACAAAUACAUGUGAAACGCCGAAAUACUUUUAUAGGCAACCGCUGGACCGAGUUACAGAAAAUUUGUGCCAUUUAAGAGAUGAAUGUUAAAUUCUAGUGACUUUAGAAUGCAAAAGUUAGAGCUAGCACUGUGAUGUUUCUUUGUAAAGGUAGCGCGAAAGUGAAUGCUGCUUAAUUGAGACACAGGCGACAACGGAUAAUAAAGUCCUAGGUUAAUUACCAACACUAACGUGGGAUUCGCGCUAGCGGUCACAUCCAGUGCGUCACUGGCUAACUAACGAGAAGAAACACCGCUUUUGGACUUCUCCUUCAACGUGUAGGGUUCUAUGUUGGUGGAGCAUGUGUCGGGGUGAAAAACGGAGGCGGAAGGAGGUGAAGCUUUGUAGUGUGACGUAGAGAGAGGGCAUGUGACAACUAGAAAGAUUAGUGGGCACGAGAACGGGACGCCAGAUCAUGGAAAGUCUGGGCAACCGUUGCCACUCACAAGGCUGGAAAGUUGCUGUUCCGGACGCGAUCAGACAAACGCCAAGAGUCAACCCGAUUACACGGGACGUGCACCCGGAACAGAACCAGUGGAAGAAGAGUGGCCAGUGCCAGAGCUCUGCUACACACCCGCUGAGACGAAACGGGGACACGGUUCGUUGACACCGCGGAAUACGCAGAACGCUUGCGAUUGGCGGUUGCGGUCGUCUAUUCGAGAGGCAAAACGCGCAUAUCGGCAAAUGUAGCGUGCGAGCGCGCAGAAGUUGAGGAAGCGGCGGUGGCAUCCGCCCUCGCGGAUCCGACGUGCACGACGGUUCUCUGCGACUCACGGCAAGCGGUCAGAAACUUCGCCGAAAGAUAGAUCUCAAGGAGAGCGGCCCGAACCGUGAGCAAUCGACGACUCCAGCGGGAGGUAGAAUUUCAAACCAGAAUCCAGUGGUUCCCGGCAAACACGGGAGAAGUAUCGGAGACACAUCGCAACCGAAAAGAGACGGCACGCAAGCUCGCGAACCGCGCCGGCGACCGUCUUCCAUGGGACAGCACCAAAGACUGCUUGACCAGCUACAACGAAAUUGCCAAGGCGCUCUGCCUGGCCCGCCGAACUUUCCCUCCGCCCAGCGACAAGCUGGACAGGGCGCAGGCAGCGGCCCUCCCGCAGACAACUGCAGACGCUCACGUACCCUAACCCGGCACAAUACUACAGGCUCUACCCGGUACGUACCCGAGAAAUAUAUGCAAGGUCUUCUACACCGAUGUAGCCACUUUAACUCACAUGCUCUGGGUCUGUAACAAAAACCCGCACGGUGCUAACUCCGGAUCGCCUCGGUGGGCCACUACCUUGCGCUGCCUUAGCCUCGGCGAUCAACUAUGGGGCGUCCAGCAGGACCGCGAGGUGACGGCGAGUCAACACCUCGACGUCCCCGCCUCGUCCCAACACCUCGACGUCCUUGUCGAUUGUGAUAUUUGACUAUGAAUUCGUACGAACUCUCCCAACUAUCAGUUCCACAGAAUACUAACAUCGAACAAGCCAGAUUUUUCAUCAAUGUUUCUCAUGCCUGCAAGAGACGAUAGAUAAGCUGAGCACAGUAACUGCAACUUUUCGAAAAUUCGCGAUGUAUACGGUCAACGCUCGCUAUCAUGUGUAGGGUGCAAGAAUCGAAUGAAGUGCCCGGCUUCAUUAGAAAACUUCCAAAUGCUGUUGCAUCAUUAAAAUAUCUCUUUAAAUAAUGUAUAUGAGAUUGCCUGCUUUUUUUCUUUGCUUUGUAUUGCAAUUUACGCUGGCUUUUGUAGUAUGGAUCCAAAACUAGCCACACAGGCUAAGGAUCCAGAUGGCAGUGUCAAUCAUAUUGCAUCACAAUGUGCCGGAUAAAGAUUUCUUUGUUUCUUCACACUCGCAGAAAAAAAAACCGCUAAUUAAUAUUUCUGUCUUUUAUACUAUUAGGUAAAAAAACGGUAAUGUGAAGUGUAAUAAUUUUUACCUGUUCUGCGUAGACGCAAUAAAACAUUCUGAGCGUGG